AUCCUUGGGUUUAUUGCUGCUGACAAUAAAGAUAACGGCACCUGGACACAGCUGUGGCUUGUCUCCGACUAUCAUGAGCACGGCUCCCUGUUUGACUAUCUAAACCGGUACACGGUGACCAUCGAGGGGAUGAUUAAGCUGGCCUUGUCUGCUGCGAGCGGUCUGGCACACCUGCACAUGGAGAUUGUGGGCACCCAAGGGAAGCCUGGAAUUGCUCAUCGAGACUUAAAGUCAAAGAACAUCUUGGUGAAGAAAAAUGGCAUGUGUGCCAUCGCCGACCUGGGCCUGGCUGUCCGUCACGAUGCAGUCACGGACACCAUUGACAUUGCCCCCAACCAGAGGGUGGGAACCAAACGAUACAUGGCCCCCGAAGUACUUGAUGAAACCAUCAACAUGAAGCACUUCGACUCCUUUAAGUGUGCUGAUAUCUAUGCCCUUGGGCUCGUGUACUGGGAGAUUGCUCGAAGAUGCAACUCUGGAGGAGUCCAUGAGGAAUAUCAGCUGCCAUAUUAUGACCUAGUGCCCUCUGACCCUUCCAUUGAGGAGAUGCGGAAGGUCGUAUGCGACCAGAAGCUCCGCCCCAACAUCCCCAACUGGUGGCAGAGUUAUGAGGCGCUGCGGGUGAUGGGGAAGAUGAUGCGGGAGUGCUGGUACGCCAACGGCGCAGCCCGCCUGACCGCGCUGCGCAUCAAGAAGACCCUCUCCCAGCUCAGCGUGCAGGAGGACGUGAAGAUCUAGCUGCCCCUCCCCACACGCUGCCAGGCAACGGGACCUACAGCCGAGCUGCCGUGUUGAGCGUCCGAUGGAGGCCUACCUCUCGUUUCUGCCCAGCCCUCUGUGGCCAGGAGCCUGGCCCACAAGAGGGACAGA